CGACGACUCUGACCAAGCCAACGCACUCUUCUUCUUCUUCCUCGCGAAACCCUAAUUCCCCUCUCCCUCCACCCCAUUCUCGCCCCCAAAUUCUAUGGCUUAGGGUUUCCAAUCCCCCCCCCUCCCCCAAAUCCACGCCGCCAUGAUCGAAUCCAUCGUUUCCCGUUCCCAGUUUCUUCUGAUUGCGUCGAUAAUCUUCGCCCACGCCGUUCUCCGAUCGGAAGCGGGGUGCAAGAAGGGGUGCGACCUCGCCCUCGGCUCCUACUACAUCUCCCCCAACCUCAACCUCAGCUACAUCGCCUCCCUCUUCGGCGUCACCUACCAGGCGCUCCUCCCCUACAACCCUAGCAUCACCAACGGGGACAGCAUCAUAUCCGGCUCCCGCGUCAACGUCUUCUUCCCCUGCGACUGCGUCCGCGGCGACUUCCUCGGCCGCUCCUUCCCCUACGUCUUCGGGCCCUCCGAGACCUACAACCAUGUCGCCACCGUGGUCUACGCCAACCUCACCACCGGCGCGUGGAUCGCCAAUUCCAACUCGUACCCGGCGAACAACGUGCCGUCGGGGGCGACGAUCAACGUCACGGUGAAUUGCUCGUGCGGGGACCCGGCGGUGUCGAAGGAAUACGGGCUCUUUGAGACGUACCCGCUCCGCGAGGGGGAGAAUCUGUCGUCCGUUGCAGCGGAGUUUAACUUCUCGGCGCAGCAGAGUUUGCUGCAGCAAUACAACCCUGGCGUGAAUUUCUCUGCAGGGAAUGGUAUCGUGUUCAUUCCGACAAAAGAUCCAAAUGGAAGCUAUCGUCCUCUUUCCUCAAGUACAGCAGGAGUUUCUGGAGGAGCUGUUGCUGGUAUUGUAAUAGCAGGAGCAACUCUACUAGCACUAGCCAUCUGUCUAUAUUUUCUGGUCUAUAGGAGAAAGAAGGCAAAGAAAGCCUCAAUGUUUCCAUCAACAUCUGAAGAAGCCUCUGCUCAACUUGGUACUGCACUAGCCUCGGAUAAAGUUUCAUUGGUUACUCCUCGAGCUGGAAGUGCUUCUCCACUUGUAGGUAUCACAGUUGACAAAUCAGUGGAGUUCUCCUAUGAAGAACUCUCUAAGGCUACUGAUGACUUCAGCAUGGCUAAUAAAAUUGGACAAGGUGGUUUUGGAUCUGUAUAUUAUGCUGAACUCAGAGGAGAGAAGGUUGCUAUAAAGAAAAUGGAUAUGCAAGCAACUAAAGAAUUUCUUGCUGAACUAAAUGUUUUAACACAUGUUCAUCACUUGAAUCUGGUGCGCUUAAUUGGUUACUGCACUGAGGGUUCAUUGUUCCUUGUGUACGAGUAUAUCGAGAACGGCAAUUUAAGUCAACAUCUGCAUGGGUCAGGUUGGGAUCCUCUAUCAUGGCCUGCGAGAAUGCAGAUUGCCCUUGAUGCAGCUAGGGCUCUUGAGUACAUUCAUGAGCACACUGUUCCAGUAUAUAUCCAUCGAGAUAUCAAAUCAGCAAAUAUCUUGGUAGAUAAAAACUUCCGGGGAAAGGUUGCUGAUUUUGGAUUGACGAAACUUACUGAAUUUGGAAGUACAUCUUUACCGACACGAGUUGUUGGCACCUUCGGUUACAUGCCUCCAGAAUACGCUCAAUAUGGUGAUGUUUCUCCCAAGGUUGAUGUCUUUGCAUUCGGUGUUGUCCUCUAUGAACUUAUUUCUGCCAAGGAAGCUAUUGUCAGAACUGAUGAAUCUACCAUGGAAACAAAGGGCUUGGUUAUUCUGUUUGAGGAAGCUCUUAGUGAGCCGGAUCCAAAGGAAGGACUUCGCAAACUAAUUGAUCCUCGUCUCGGCGAGGACUAUCCAAUCGACUCCGUUCUGAAGAUGGCCCAGCUUGCUAAAGCAUGCACACAAGAGAAUCCCCAGUUGAGGCCUACAAUGCGUUCUAUUGUGGUCGCCCUCAUGACAUUGUCCUCCACUACCGAAGAUUGGGACAUGGGCUCUUUCUACGAAAACCAAGGUUUGUCCAACCUCAUGUCCGGGAGAUAGUAGUAUUCGAUCUGUAUAUACACUUGUAUAAGUUAUUGCUGUUAGUUAAUUAUGCCAAAAGUCAAUAAACAAAAAAAUUCAAUUCCUUUUAGUUACCUUUUUCUUCUCCUAGAUCCAUCUGUCAAAUUAGAAUUUGAUGUUUACGAUUUGUUUUUCGUUUUGAGGUAAUGUAUGAUUGAGAGUAGCUUUGUAGGACUUCAGUUUCUUGCCAUGGAAAUAAAGGGAUAUUGCGCCGCUAAACAA